AUGAAGGGCACUGCGGCGACCAUGCUGAAGCUGCUGUCCGCCUUUCACAACAUCUCCCUGUACUCCCGAGGGAUGGAGGCGGAUGCCAACUCCGACGACUUCUUUUGCAACGCUCUCACGUGCAGCCGGCAUGCAGAUUUUGCCCCACAUGCGGAAGUCCGUUUCGUCCAUCGGCUGCACGCUGCCAUGCGGGUGAACCUCACCUUCACUGCCCCCUGGGCCAACCGCAGCUGCGACCUGGAUCUCCAGAUCGGCCCGGAGGCGAUCCGCGUGGGAGCCGAAGGCCAAGCUGACGGCCAAGCCGACGGCUUCCAGGAGCACCGCCUAGGUGGCGCCGGGAGCUACGAGCUUCUGGUGCCCGAGACUGGGCUGGUGGUCCACCUGCCCGGCCCCGCGCAGCCAGCGGCGCCGGCGCGGUGGAAGUCUGGGCAGCUCGAGGUCUGCCUGCAGCUGUCGGAAACUCGGCGCCCCACGGCCGUGGCAGAGGUGCUGCUGCCCAUGGGUGGCCCGGAGGGCCACCUGCAGCUGCAGGCCUUGCCAUCCUCCUGCCAGGGUCUGGUGGGACUGCGGCUGUGGCCCUGCUGCUUCCUGCUGGGCGCCUGGCUGCGCCGCGCCUUUGCGCGCCAGGAGCUGCCCAGGCGCCUGCUGGAGCUGGGCAGCGGCCAGGGCGCCGGAGGCUUGCAGGCGGCGGCGCACGGCGCGGAGGUGCUGCUCUCAGACUGCGAGGGCCGUCUCCUGCCGCUGCUGCGCCGCAAUGCCGCGGACGUGGCGCGCCGCUGCAACGUGGCGACGCCGGACGUGCGGCGCCUGGACUUCGGGCAAGACCAGGAUGUCCAGGACCUGGUCUCUGAGGGUCAAUUUGACCUAGUGCUGGCUUCGGAUGUGCUUUACGAGCACCGCCUGGUGCCGAAGCUGCUCCAGGCCGCCAAAGCGCUGACGGCCGCGAGCUCCGGCAGCACGCGGCUGGUGCUGGCGCUAGAGCUGCGGCCCUGUGGAGUGAAGCUGGAGGAGGCCCUCGCCUCGGAGGCGGAGAAGCGGGGCUGGGCGAGCUGCGAUGCGACAGAAGAGCUGCAGCUUUGGGUCACUCCGAUGCCCGAAGAGAUGCAGGUGCCCCCGCUGGAGCCGCGGCACCGCCUGCUGCUGCUGGGCCCCGGGCCCUUCGCGGCUUCGCCGCCGACGCCCAAAGCGGCGGCGGCGCCGGCGGCGCGGCGGCCCUGGGAGGGCGCGGGCGAAGAGGAAUGGUACUCGCGCUCCAUGCAGUUCUGGGCGCAGCAGGAGGUCUCCUGCAGCGGUGUCCUGGGCGGGCGCCCGGACACCCAUCUCCCGGACCUCCACGCGUCAGAGGCCUUCCUGGACGGCGUUUUGAGGCAACGCCAGACACGGCUGCAGACGGCCCUGGACUGUGGUGCCGGGGUGGGGCGCCUCGCGGAGGCGCUGCUUUUGCCGAGAGUGGAGACGGUGGACCUGCUGGAGCCGAGCGGCGCCUUGCUGGAGGCGGCGCGGCAUUUGCCGGCAAGGCACUUCUUGCAGCGGCCACUGCAGAGCCGAGAGAAGCUGCCAGACAGCUACGACCUCAUUUGGGUGCAGUGGGUCCUGCUGUACCUCACGGACGCGGACCUGGUGGCGGUGCUCCGGAGGCUGCGGAAAGCGCUGCGCCCGGGAGGGUGUCUCGUGGUCAAGGAGAACGUGCUGCUGAACCGGUCCGCGGGGCUGGUGCACGAGCGCGACAGCUCCCUGACCCGCACGGACGGCCACUUCCGGCGCCUCUUCGCGGAGGCGCAGCUGACGCUCCGCUGCUCGGCGGCCCAGGAGCCGUGGCCCUCGGAGCUGCUGCCGGUGAUGAUGUACGCUCUGGAGUGA